AUGCGUUUCUCCCUUGCCGCUACCACUUUCCUCGCUGGCCUGGCCACGGGAGCGCCUUCGAGCAACAAGAACAACGUCAACCUCCAUAAGAUUGCUCGGCGUAAUGGCAUGCUUUGGUUCGGCACUGCAGCCGAUAUUCCUGGGACAUCUGAGACAACCGACAAACCUUAUCUGAAAGUCCUACAAGAGCAGUUCGGCGAAAUGACUCCCGCAAAUGCAUUGAAGUUCAUGUACACCGAGCCCGGGCAGAAUGUCUUCAACUUCACCCAGGGCGACUACUUCAUGGACUUGGCCGAUCGUUAUGGCCACAGCGUCCGCUGCCAUAACCUCGUCUGGGCUAGCCAAGUGUCCGACUGGGUCACCUCCAGGAAUUGGACUGCCACGGAGCUCAAAGCAGUAAUGAAGAACCACAUCGUCAAGACUGUCCAGCACUUUGGCAAGCGCUGCUACUCGUGGGACGUCGUCAAUGAAGCUAUCAAUGGGGAUGGUACCUUCUCCUCCAGUGUGUGGUACAACACAAUUGGAGAGGAAUACUUCUACCUUGCUUUCCAGUACGCCGAGGAAGCCCUCGCUCAGAUUCACGCCAACCAAGUCAAGCUUUAUUAUAACGACUAUGGCAUUGAGAACCCCGGUCCCAAGGCGGAUGCUGUUCUGAAGUUAGUGGCCGAGUUACGCAAGCGCGGCAUUCGCAUUGACGGAGUCGGUCUCGAGUCCCAUUUCAUCGUCGGCGAGACUCCUUCGCUGGCCGACCAGCUCACCACCAAGAAGGCCUACAUCGAGGCCGGCCUUGAGGUCGCCAUCACCGAACUAGACGUCCGUUUCUCUCAGGCCCCAUUCUACACCGCCGAGGCCCAAAAGCAGCAGGCCGCGGACUACUAUGCUAGUGUCGCCAGUUGCAAGCAAGCUGGACCUCGCUGUGUCGGCGUUGUGGUCUGGGACUUUGAUGAUGCCUACUCAUGGAUUCCCGGUGUUUUUACGGGACAGGGUGGCGCCUGUCUAUACAAUGAAACGCUCGAGGCGAAGCCGGCCUUCUAUGCUGCUGCCGAGGCGCUACAGAACAAGCCUUGCACUGUAUGCUAG